AUGUCUUAUUCUUUUACAAUCAUUGUCAGUUUAUUAUUAUUAGCAACGAUUAGUCAAAUCGAUUGUCUUCAAUGUUAUAAAUGUAGUUGUUCCAUUAUACCAGGUGAAACAACAUGUACAAAUGACAAUGAACUACAAUGCGUUAUAGAAUAUGUUGAAGAUAGUUAUUGUUUUAUUUCACGUCUAUUAAAUCAUAUAAAAUUUGAUCAUAGUCCUAAUUCGGAUUUGAUGUUUUUAGAAUCUCUACAUUACAUACAAGAUGAAGAAGAAAUUAUCUUUGUGGAAAGUAACUCAACAUGGCAAGUGUCUACUAUUGUAGAAUUUAAGUAUGGUUGUGAUUGGAAUUUAUGCAAUACACCACGUAUUCUUAGUUUUCUUCCAAAAAGUCUUACAUAUGAUAUUGAUUCAAGUCUUUUAACAAAUACAUUAAUUGCUAAACCUAAUGAAUUAUUUACAACAUGUUUAAAAUGUACAACAUGUGCAAAUUCAACCAAUGAAGUAACUUGUCCAAUAUUAACAUGUAAUGGUACAUGUUUUAUUAAUGGUUAUGUUGAUGAUCCAGUAUUAAAUUCUGCAUUAUGUUUAUUUCCAUUUGAAAGUGUAUGUAGAGAAGAAAAACUUGAUACAUCCGUUCGUAUAACAGGAGUAUAUUAUAUUGAUGAUGAUAUAUUUGACAUAUAUGAUAUAGAUAUUUGGUGUAAAAAAACAAAUUGUAAUAAUCCAACAAAUGCACAAAUUAUACAACAAAAUAUUUCUUAUUCAAUACAAAUAAAUGAUCAAAUUUAUUUUCGUCCAGAUCUUGGUAGUACAACACCAUCAACACCAAAUAAUGAUCAACUUGCUUGUUAUAAAUGUCAUUGUGAACAUGAAAUAGGUGAUAAUAAUUGUAAAGUAUUACAAUGUACAAUUGAAUAUAAAAAUGGAAGUUUUUGUGAAAUAGUACGUGAUUUUCAAAGUUUUCCCAAUAUGGAAUUUAUUAGUCUUGGUCAUGUGCAAAGACAAUAUGUACCUUAUAGACAUUAUAUUCAUGCAGUAGAAGAAAUAAUACUUUAUAGAAAUUUAUCAUGGCAUCCACCAUCAGUUAGUAUGAUUACAUAUGUAUGUGAUUGGCAAUUAUGUAAUGAUGGACGUAUUGUUGAAAAAUUAACAACAAGUUUUCAAUUUAAUGCUGAACCAUCGUCUAUAGCUGAAUAUCUUCAAAGUUCUGAACCACUUAGUAGUUGUCGUCAAUGUACACUUUGUACGAAUUCAAGUCUUGAUUUUGAUCAAUGUGAAUCUGUAUUAUGUUCACCUAAUGGACGCUGUUUUAUUAGUCAAUUUAUUGAUAAUCCUGAGUAUAAUGAUUGUGAAUAUGCAUUUCAAUCUGAAUGUGAAGAUGUUGCAUCAGAAUCAAGUAUUAUAAUUACAGCUACUUAUAGUAUUGAUGAUGAUAUAUUAAAUAUUGACGAAUUAGAUAUUUAUUGUUCUAAAAAUGAUUGUAAUAAACCUGAAACAGUAUAUGAUUUAAUUGAUCUUUUACAAGAAAAUAUUCAACUUGAUUCAUUAUUUUUUAUUCGACCAGUCGUGAAUACUACAUUAUCACCUAUUAUUACAGAACCAAUGUCAAGCCCCGUCACAUCCACAUCUAGCUCUGCUACAACAUCGGAAACUACUACAGGCUCAUCCAUUUCCACCAUGACAACAUCAAAUUUUGCAACUAUUUACUUAUUUCUUAUUAGUAGUCUUUUUAUUAUCUUUCAUUAG